AUGGUGGCCUUGAAAGACAUUCUUCCACCUGCAAAAUCUUCCGUAACUACUAAUUAUGACCACUCAAACGACCCCUGGUUCAAAAGUCGGUUCAGUCUGUCUGAAUCCGAGGAAUCUGAAGCUCCCAAGGCCAAGCAAGUGCCUCCUUACCUAAAACGGUCUGGAUUUAAGCCCUCAAAGCCCGAGGAUUUUGGAGAUGGAGGUGCAUUCCCUGAAAUCCACUACGCGCAGUACCCUCUUGGCAUGGGCCGAAGCCCAAACCAGAAGCCCGGAGGGAAGACAUUGCCUCUCACAGUGGACGAGCACGGGAAUCUACGAUACGACUCAAUCGUGAGGCAGAAUGAGAACUCAAAAAAAAUUGUGUACUCCGAGCACUCGGACCUUGUCCCGAUUUUCGCGAAGGAUAAGGAGAACAAGGACGAGAUGGACAUGGAUGAGAAACAGAAAGAGAUAGAAGAGACCACUCAAGAAACCAAAGCUGCCCUCGAGAAAAUCGUGAAUGUCCGAUUAAGUGCUGCUCAACCGAAAAACGUCCCCACGCAAUCAUCGGACUCCAAGUUUAUCAAGUACAAGCCCUCCCAGCAGUCGGCUGCCUUUAACUCAGGUGCUAAGGAGAGAAUCAUCCGCAUGGUGGAAAUGCCCGUUGACCCUCUCGAGCCUCCCAAGUUCAAACACAAGAGGGUCCCGAAGGCCUCCGGCUCGCCACCUGUCCCGGUCAUGCACUCUCCUCCGCGGCCCGUAACAGUUAAAGAUCAGCAGGACUGGAAAAUCCCUCCAUGCAUAUCUAACUGGAAGAAUCCCAAAGGUUACACAAUACCUCUCGACAAGCGUCUAGCGGCUGAUGGCCGAGGGCUCCAAGAUGUUCAGAUCAACGACAAUUUCGCGAAAUUGUCCGAGGCUCUGUAUGUUGCCGAACAAAAGGCUCGGGAGGCAGUUGCUGUACGGUCCAAGGUUCAAAAGGAGAUGAUGAUGAAAGAGAAGGAGAAGAAAGAGAUGGAGCUUCGGGAGUUGGCCCGUAAGGCCCGAUCCGAAAGGACAGGUGUUGCAGCAGCUGUGGCUAUUCCGUCAGAGAGGACUAAUAAUAAUAAUAAUAACGACGAUGAUAUGAGAGUCGAGUAUGAACGCGCGAAAGAGACGAGGGAGGAGAGAGAGGAGAGGCUGCAGAGAGAGAAAAUCCGCGAGGAGAGGAGGAAAGAGAGAGAGAGGGAGAGGAGGCUUGAGGCGAAAGAUGCUGCCAUGGGCAAGAAGAGCAAGAUUACACGAGACAGAGACCGUGACAUUAGUGAGAAAGUUGCGCUCGGGAUGGCCUCGACUGGCGGUAGAGGUGGAGAGGUUAUGUAUGAUCAGAGGCUAUUUAACCAGGAGAAAGGGAUGGAUUCCGGUUUUGCCACUGAUGAUUCGUAUAACAUAUAUGAUAAAGGCUUGUUCAAUUCCCAGUCUACUCUGAAUACUCUGUACCGGCCGAAGAAGGAUGCUGACGGUGAGAUGUACGGUGGGGCGGACGAGCAGUAUGAGAAAUUGAUGAAAACCGAGCGAUUUAAGGCUGAUAAAGGAUUUGCUGGCACAUCGAAGGCGGCGGGCCCCAGGGAUGGGCCGGUCGAGUUUGAGAGGGAUGCGCCUGAGGAAGACCCGUUUGGUUUGGACCAGUUCUUGACGGAGGUUAAAACUGGUAAGAAGGCUAUGGAGAAAGUGGGGAGUGGGGGUACUCUGAAGGCUGGGGCGGGGUCCAUGAGGGAUGACUAUGGCGGGUCGGGCAGGUCAAGGAUCGGAUNCACGAGCCGUCCCACGCUCGGUUUUUCACCGCUCGGCCAUCAUUUCCCGCAUGAGCUCCAAUAUCUCGCCCCUCAUCCGAGACACUCUCGACUGAUUCACCUUCUCAUCCAACUCCCGAAACCAAAUCCCAUCGUCCUCCUUCCCUUCUCCCGCGUGGUACCACUCGCAUAUAGCCUCCGCAACAGCCGCCACAUAGACCCCACAGUCGUACCCGUUCGUCUGCCCCGGCUCGAUCGGCCGCUCCACAUAGGCCACCUCCUCCCUUACCACGUACCUGCGCACGGCCAAAUAAACCCUCCUCGCGUGCUCUCUGUUGUGGGACCCAAAGCUGUCGUGGUGGACAAAAACGUCUCUGCCACCCGAGCAGCGCCUCCUCCUCAUGAACGCCAGCAGGCUCCAGUGGGACCCGCCGCCCGCCAGCUCCACGUCAGCAUUGUCGUUAACCGGGAAUAUGACCAGCUUUCUCGUAUUGAGGGGUUGAAGAAAAUCUCGCAGGAGCUCGUUAUUAUCCGGGCAUUCUUUUAUCCAGAAGGCAAUGGAAGGUGGGACGAGGAGAACUUCUUCGUUGCUCGGGAAGCGCGUUGCCAGUUGGCUGAAGUAAAACUCGAUUACACGGUCGUUGAGGAAAUGUGGGCCCGAGAGGAUUUCGAGGUCCGACCGCCGCAAGACGACGUCGUUGUAGCUGAGGAUUUUGUCGUCCGGGAAGAUGUCCGGCCUUUCAUUUAA